AUGUCAAGAGAUAAGGAUUUACAUGCCUCCCUUAUUUAAAAACUUAGAAUUAAUUUAGAUCAAUAAAAAUUAGAUGUCUCUAAAUAAUCUGAAAAAUCUUUAGAUAUGAACCAUCAUGGCCAUGAUUCUUAGGACAUUAAUGUUGUUGUCAAGAUAAAGUAGUUAUUAAAUGCAGUUGAGACUUAGAAGAAACAGAAAGAAAUUUAAUCAAAACUGCAAAAAGAAAUAGCCUCUUAAUUUGGAGUUGAAGACUCUAGAGAGAUAAGUAAAGUCAUGGCUGAAUUCGAUUACAACUCAUCUUGUAAAGAUGAGAAUUAGCUGCCCUUGCCUAUUUUGAAGAAAGUUUAAAAGAAAAUUCUUUAUCUAGAUAACUAUCAUAUGAACACAAGUUUGGCUAAGGCCCUCUAGCUUUCUAUAGCAUACUUAGUGCCUUAUAAGAUUAAUAGAAUUUAUUUGAUUAAUAAUGGAAUGUCUGAUCAAGAUUAUGCACUAAUUUUAUCAGGACUUAAAAAUACCAAAAAUAUUAAGGAGAUCGGAUACUUUCAAAACAAUUUCGGAGGCCAUUCUAUAUAUGCUUUAAAUGAGCUGCUGUAGAAUGAUUGCUUGACAACUUUACGUGCAUUAACAAUAAAGGAUAUUCAAAAUUAAUAGCCAACUGGCUAAUCAAAAGAUAUACCACAGUUGAAAUUCAAAACCUUAUUAAAGAAUAUGUCUCUAAAUACGAAAAAAAUCUUUGACCUCGAAUAAAUCACUUUAUCAAAAAUGUUCUAGCUUGAUUAAAGCUCGAUUUCAUCCCUUAGUUUGUUAGUUCCUUAACUUGACAAACUAAGAUUGCUUGAUGUAUCUUACAACAGUCUAGAAUUUUCAUUGCUAAAUAAACUUAUUGAAGCUCUUUCAAGUAAUAAUAAAUUGCAGUUAAAAUACCUAGAUAUUUCCUAUAAUUUUGACUCAAAAACUUAGUAAAACAAAGAUCUAUUGACAUUCAAUCAUGUUCUGUCCAAUUAUCUUAAACACAACAUGUGCUUAUAGCAUUUAAACAUUAGUGGAAUGAAUCUUAGUCAUGACUAAUUAAUUUACAUUUUCAAAAGAGGCAUUAAAAGAUCUAAAACUUUGCUAUCCGUUCACACAGCUUGCAAUAAUAUAUCAUAAGAAACCCUAAAACAGCUAAGAUUGAUUCUAAGAGUAAAAAAAUUCAUGAAAGAAGGCCAUUAACUUGAUAAGUAAUUAGAAGAUUAUCAUGUCAAGCUAUAAUAGAAAGCAGAUUAAAUAUCAUAAACAGAGUAUAAUCUUGAAAGAAUAAAACUAAGGAGGAAGUAAGUGAUUGAAGAGCAUAUUAGGAGACCCUUGGUAGAAGAAAAUUAGUCUGACAGAUUCGCAUUCAUCAGAUAUCUAGGUAAUCAGGAAAUUCAGGAUGGGAUGAUCUCAUUUAACUGCCUUUAAACAGAGAAAUAGCAUUUGGAGUUUGACGAGAGCUAUUACAAAGAUAAUAAAUAAGUGUAUAUAAAAAUUCAGGGUUAAGAUGUAGAACCAAUGAUGAAGUUAGAGGAGUUUAUAUAUAGACUAAACAAUAAUACUGGCAGAUACACAAGAAAUACCUAAAGAGAUAUCGAGGAUUCUAGAAUUAAAGAGUUUGUAAAUUAAUUCAACUAAAGAGAUCAUUUCUAUCAGUCUAAACUGUUAAGUACAUAUAAUCUAUAAAACCUAAACCGAUAGUAAAGUGUAGCUAACUCAACGGGAUCACCUUCACCUUUUGAUAGCUAAGCUUCAUUCUCAAAUUUUCAAAAGCAAACUAAAAGACUGCCAGGAAGCAGAUAUAAAUAGAAGCCUUGGAAUAUUAUUAUUUACUAAGGAGCAAUAAAGAAAAACAGUGCACAAGGAAUGAUAGAUAUUGAAAAGUAUUUUGGCUUAUCAAGUGUUUAUGACCAAGUAUAUGUGUAUUCUUGCUACCUUCCUCCAAGAAAGCUAAAUGUCAUUCUUAAAUAGAGAGAUAAUGACUAGAAAAUUGAUUACUUGAACCUAUACCUACAAAAGCGAGAAAUAGAUAUACCUCUUGGUUAUAAGUGUGUCAAGAAGAUUGUAGAAAAAAGAGAGUUCAUCAAAGAGAAAAGUGUGUUCAGAGAUUGCUAGGUUGACAAUCAGAAUCUUUAUAAAAAAUGCUUUGAAUACGAUAUGAAAUUUUCCAAGAUCAGGAGAUUUGUUAAGGAUACACAGGAUUUUUAAGACUUAUGCUAGACUUUGUUGAAUAACUAUGGAAUUAUUAAGAAUCAGUUUAUUAAUGCUAUUAGUUCGAGUGGAUAUCCUUAAGUAUCUUGGAUGGAUUUUGCCAAAGUUUGUGAUACAGUAAUUAUUAUAUUUACCUUAUAUAUGUAGUGGGAAGUUGUUGAUAAAAAUUUACCGAUGAGCACUGUUGAUAGAUUAUUUAUUGCUGUUAAUGUUGAGAUUAUUGAUUUAGAGGAGAACCUUGAUAGAUCACUUUGCAGAUAUGAAUUCUUUGAGAUUUUAGUGAGAAUGGCUUUCUCAAAGUAUGUUGAAAAAGGGCCAUUAAGAACUAUUAAUGAAGGUCUAAUUAAACUAAUUUAAGAUCAUCUGGUCGAGAAUGCUGUUGAAAAGAUAGACUCUGAAGGUUGGAGACUUGAAGAGUUAUGGUCACUAGAGGUUGAUGACUUGCUUAAAGCUAAUAUGAAUGGAAUUAAGCAGCUGUAUAAAUAUAUGUGUCAGGGGAGAAAGCAACUAGAGUAUGAAACGGCUAUUGAUAUGAUACAUGAAACUACUCUUAAUAUGACAAGCGAGGAAAUUACUACAGCUUUUGCAUAUUCGAAGAGUACUUUUGUUUAAGAAAUGGAAGAUAUUUGGAAGUAUAAGAGAAUGCCUUUUCAUGAAUUCCUAGAGUUUUUAGGAAGACUAGGAUAAGUCAAGUACUAAGGAGAACCUUUACCAUUAGAGACUAAAAUUGAAAUGGUUUUAGAACAACUAUUUCCUCUUGUUUCUGAGAAAGUUAGACAAGCUAAGUAAAAUGAUGAUAUUGAGAGUGAAACUGAUUAUGAAGAUGACCUCAUUGAGUUAUCUUCAAAAAUUCUUAUUGAAAAUUAAAAGUAGAAAACAACUAAACUUAAUAACUAAAGUGAUGAUGAAGAAUUCUAGAGUGAUGAAAGCAUAAGUAUAGGUUAGUUAAGUCAUUCUUCUGGCUCUUGA